CAUUUAAGAGCAAACUGUCAAAAGAUGCAUCAGUAACGUGUCCCUCUAAAAUCGAUGUGUCCUAGUUUUCCUCUUACAUAUAUGCCGUUCCAGAGAGCAAUGGCGCAUACAAUCUAAAUCUGUUACUUUGAGUUCUAUCAAUUAAGUUGUAACAGAGCCUUUUAGGUCCUACUACCCAUCAACCGGAAUUUCAAUAUGAGCCAGGAACAGCCUCAGAGACCCCACGGACAGUCACAGAUGAAUCAAGGCGGGCAAGAUAUGCAGUCUCAAGAACAGGGGCGUCACGGUAAGCAGGAGCCGAUCAAAUACGGUGAUGUGUUUCUCGUCUCCGGCGAACUUGCGGACAAACCCAUAGCACCGCAAGAUGCUGCCAUGAUGCAGACUGCGGAGCAUCUGGUGCUUGGGAAGACCCAAAAGGGCGGUCCUGCUGCCAAGAUGCUUUCCGCGUCAGCACGAAACGAGAAGGCUGGUGUUGUGGGUCACACCGAUUUCACUGAUAUCACCGGCAAUGAGGGUGUCACCGUUUCAGAGAUUGAUGUUCCCGGAAGCCGCAUAGUAACAGAGGCAGUCGCAGGACAGGUAGUUGGGCAGUACACCGAACCGCUGCCGCUGCAGCCGGAAUUGGCUGCACAACAGGGAAAGCUUACAAUUGGAGAAGCACUCGAAGCGUCUGUGGUAGCAGCCGGUGACAAGCCAGUUGAUAAGAGUGACGCUGCUGCAAUCCAAGCAGCAGAGGUUAGAGCAACCGGCCAAAAAACUAUCAUGUCGGGAGGUCUAGCUGCUUCAGCUCAGUCAGCAGCGAAUGCCAAUGCCCAGACAACUCGGGACGAAGACAAGAUCAAACUCGGCGAUGUUCUGGUGGUUGCGACGGCAAAGCUACCGGCAGACAAACCGGUGACGUUUCAAGAUGCUGAAGGGAUUAUUAACGCGGAGGUGCGGAACAAUCCCAACUCCACCAUUUAUCCUGGCGGAGUGGCGGAAUCGGUGAUAGCCGCUGCCGAUUUAAACGAGAAUAAAUAUAUGUAAAGACAAGAGAAAAGAGAUUACUUGGCUCUGUGACUCUGUAUAUGUGUAGUAAUCACGCUUAUGCUUGUGUAGAUGAGUUGAUCUCUUUCUUAUUUCACUCUCCUUUUGUUUA